UUGCUGAUUCACUCUCACAUGUUGGCAGCUCACUGAAGAGAUUUUGUUGCCUGUGCACCUGUUCUCAUCUGAUACAGCCUAAGAAUAAGAGUGAAGCCGUAGAGCAAAAUGGCACUGUAUUUAACAAUCACAGCAAGCCUCCUUCUGAUUGUCCAUGCCUUUCAUCUGGCAUCGCUCCAAGAGCCAACCGACUCUCCGGGGCGUACAAUUGAUAAAAGCUGGCUCCGUGAACUAAACAAAAAUUCAGCUGGAAGUCAAAAUGCUGCAGUUAGGGAAGAGGAGGCAGAAUAUGAUCAGGAUGCUGAUACGACUGCCAUGGAGCCCAGUAACGAUGACAGCAGCGGCAUAGCGUCUGGCUCCAUAGCAGUAUUUAAUGGAGAAGAGGAGAACUUCUACAGCGAUGAAAAGGAAGCAAAUAAAACAUCUGAUGAUCUGACUGCUGUUGCGACCACACUGGCCCCCACAUUUCCAAAUGGUACAACCAAGCAGCCUGAACUGGUCCACACCACAGUUUCUCUAAACACUACUACUACUACUACAGACCCCACAAACUCAAGCCAGGUGAACAUGACAGAAGCUGAAGAGGACUCUCACAACUCAACGACGACCCCUCAGACCCCCACCACUCAUUUGAUUUCACGGAACUCCACGAGUUUUCCGGAUUUACAGUCAACAACCUUGGCUCCAGAGAGCAAUGCUACGCAAGAAUCCCCAGCAAAACCAGAGGAAGAUUCGAGGUUAAACAACAGCACAGGAUCUACCAGCACAACCACGGCGACACCAGAGAUGUACGAGACAUCCACCACGUCUUCAUCUACGACAGCGUUCUCUUCGGAGACCACAGAAACCAGCCCUACGACUACGACCGCCGCUGCUCCGAACACACCUGAGAAGGCCAACAAGACAGACAAAGACGGAGCCUCAGGGAGCAACUCGGAAAGAGGUUUGGCAUCGGAUCCGCACAAGAGCAAAAGGAAUGGAGCAUGGGGGGCUGUACUGGGAACGGCAGUGGCUGUGGCCUGCGUGGGACUGGUGGCCUACAUCAUCCUGAAAAAGAGACACCAGAAGGGUUUCUCUCACAGGAAACUGGUUGAAGAGUAUCCUUCAGACCCAGUUCUCAGAUUGGACAACAACGAACCUUUGGAUUUGAACUUUGGUGGUUCAGCCUAUUACAACCCAGGACUCCAAGGGGACAACAUCCAGAUGACCAACUUCCCAGGACGCCAGAGAAACUGAAAAGACUCUCAAGACCAAAGUCAUGAACUCCCUUGAAAGAAAGUCUGACACCCAUUCUACUGGCAUUUGACAGACAACCGAUAAUGAGAUCUGUAAAUAAGACUGGAUGGAAAUUACAGGGGAGUCUGUGUAGAUCUGUCGUCAGCCACAAAUGAUACUUAUGUCAGAUUAUGCAUUGAGCUGAGUAGAUUUAUUGCAUUGAAAUAGAGGGAUCACUGAAGGCAAUCUAUCUGGAGCACACUGCCACAGCCAAUAUUAACUGUCAGCCAUUCAUGUGUGUUGCCAAAGGGAAUAAAAAUAAGUCUUUCCUAAUGAAGAAUAUGCUUUGAGGUCAAUGAAGGAUGUUAAAAAUUAUAUUUGUUAUAGCUUUUGCUUUAAAUGUAAUUAUUUAAUUAUUUUUGUGUGGCUGAGAACCACAAAAUUCUUUUGAAGCAGAACAAAAACAUUAGCAUAUAAUCUGAUCAGGUAAAGAGAAGAAACUAGAAUGUGACUCCUGCUGACGCAAAAACCUUUGUAAAAAAAAAAACAAAAAAAACAAAACAAAACAAAACAAAAAAACAGGGCUGUCAUACUGCAGCC